AUGUCUCGCUUCGCAAUUCCGUUCCUCGUUAUCAUAUCUAUCUCCGCCUUCGUCGCCUCGUACAAUGUCAUCGGUAUGAUCCUCAGCACCACCCGUCACCGAGUCUCUAUCCGCUCUAAAAGCACCCUCGGUAAAGCCGCCUUCAGUAGUAGUCGCCUCCGCCGCGGUGGUCGACCGCUUCUUGGAAAACCUCUUCCCGAAACUGGUUCGGAAUCUGUAGGUUCAGAUUCAGGCUUGGACGGAGGUUCGGCAGUGGUGAAACGGCCGGAAGCCUCGAGCUUUGGUGUGAAGAAAAAGAAGCGGUAUUUCCACACGGCGAUGACGUGUAACGACUCGCCGUACACCAAGUGGCAGUCUCGAAUCAUGUACUUCUACUAUAACAAGUAUCGGAACGAGCCUGAAUCGGAGAUGGGGGGAUUCACGCGCGUGCUGCACUCGGGAAAGCGAGACAACCUGAUGGACGAGAUUCCGACCUUCGUCGUCGACCCGCUGCCUCUGGGAAUGGAUAAGGGCUACGUCGUGCUGAAUCGGCCGUGGGCGUUCGUGCAGUGGGUACAGAAAGCACAGAUCGAGGAAGAGUACGUGUGGAUGGCGGAGCCAGACCACAUUAUUCUGAAGCCCAUUCCCAACCUCGCUUCUGACAUGCUGCCUGCUGCCUUCCCCUUCUUCUACAUCGUUCCCAAGGACCAAGAGCGGUUCUUAAGGCGGUGGUACCCAGCAGAGAAAGGGCCAAUCACCAACAUCGAUCCAAUCGGCAACUCUCCCGUCAUUUUAAAGAAGAAAGACUUGCUGAAAAUCGCUCCCCUGUGGCACAACGUGUCUCUGCAGUUCAAGGAGGACCCAGAGAUUGACAAGGAGUUUGGAUGGGUGCUGGAGAUGUACGGCUAUGCCACAGCAUCAGCCAUGCUGGGGUACACGCACAUCCUGAGAAAGGACUGGAUGAUCCAGCCUCCUUGGGACAAAUCAGUGGGCGACGCAUACAUGAUUCACUAUACCUAUGGCUGUGACUAUGACCUCAAUGGGAACCACCUGCCUGGCAAGGUGGGUCCAUGGCACUUUGACAAGAGGGACCAUCAGAGAGCCAUCCCCCGAAACCUCUCCUACCCCCCCGACGGCUCUGCUCCCUCCGUGUUCGAGCUUAUUCGUCGGCUAAACGAUGCGACUUGGUCGCUCAACUGGGUUGCAGGGGCAGCAUAG